AUGGCCAAGGCAUCAUGGGUGUUGCCCAUCCUAUUUCUGCUGGUGCUCCCUGUUCCAUGGGUCUCCCCAAUACCAAAUCAUCACCUCUGUGGCUCCCACCUUGUGGAUGCUCUGUACUUCGUAUGUGGAGAGAGGGGCUUUUUCCACAGCCCGAAACAAAUUCACAAGAGGGAUCUGGAAAACUUGCUCAGGUUCCUGUCUAAAAGGGCCAGACAAGAGCAGCGGCUGUGGAGAAAUUUUUCUGGAGGCGUUGAUUCCAAGGUGAAGCGAGGCAUCGUGGAGCAGUGCUGUCAUAAGCCAUGCGGCAUUUACCACCUGGAAGCCUACUGCAACUGA